UACAUAUGUAAUUAUUAAUUUAUACCGGGGCCCAUUCCUAUAUCCUGAAAAAAUUUAUAUUUCCUCUUAACCUUAUCUUCUUUUGACAUUUUCAAACGACCGGGAUAAGUCACUCUUGAACUACUUAUUGUUUAAACUAAUUUGUCUAUUACAAAUACUCAAUAUAAAUUCAUCGGCUUAGUCAUCGGGACUAUGAAAUAAAAGACCGAUUCACAAUUAUAGAUUUCCUGAUUCAUUAUACUUACGUUAUACAAAUCAAACAUAUUAUUAAAAUACCGAUGGUAUAUACUUCCCAUCAACUGUAAACUCAAUAGACAGCGAUAGACAUACACAUACACAAAUGGUGAAUAAUACCGAUCAAGCAUCAGAUGUCAUCUCACUAGCUUCAUCACUUUCUCAGCAUAGUGAUGAUGAUUCUGAACAUCAAGUAAAUCCAAUACAUAAUGGUCCACCCGAUGUAAAUCCUCAAGAUUUCAUUACCUCCAAAACAAAAUCUCGUCAAUCAUCUAUAAAAUCAAAUCGAGUUCCAUUAAGAAAUAGAAGAGGUUUAUUAGCAUCUAUUGUUCUUAUACCAGAAUAUGAAGAUGCACGAGAUUAUUCAAUAUCAAUUAAAUAUACUAUUGUAUUCGUCAUAGCAUUUGCUGCUAUAACUGGUCCUAUGGGGACUUCUAUUAUGUUGCCUGCUAUUGAUGAUAUUGUUAAAAGUUUAAAUACAAAUGUAUCAACAGUUAAUGUAUCAGUUGGUAUAUAUCUUUUAUCACUUGGUAUUUUCCCAUUAUGGUGGUCUGCAUUUAGUGAAAGAUUUGGGAGAAGAAAUGUUUAUUUAAUAUCUUUCUUAAUGUUUUUUGCCUUUUCUAUUGGUACAUCAUUAGCUCCUAAUAUAGCUUCAUUAAUUAUAUUAAGAGUUCUUCAAGGUGGAUGUUCAGCAUCAGUUCAAGCAGUUGGAGCAGGAACUAUAGCUGAUUUAUUUACUCCUCAAACAAGAGGUAAUGCUAUGGGUUAUUAUUAUCUUGGUCCCUUAUGUGGACCAUUUUUUGCCCCAAUUCUUGGUGGGGUUGUAUCCCAAGUUUGGGGUUGGAGAGCUACUCAAUGGUUAUUAGUAAUUUUUAGUGGAUGUAAUUGUUUAUUAAUUGUAUUUGUAUUACCAGAAACAUUAAGAAAAAGUGAUAAUUUAGCAGCUAUUAGAGCCAUGUUAGCAGCUAAUGAAGCUGAUGAAUCUUCAGAAAGUAAUGAAAAGGAUAAUGAAACUAAUUCUCAACCUGUAACAAAUUAUGAUAAUAUACCAGAUGAAGUAUUAGAAAGAAUUGCUACUAAUUUAACUCGAUUAAGUUCAAGAAGUUCAAUAAUAUUAAAUCAAGAAGAAGUUGAAGGACCAAUAGUUGAUCCAAUAAUGCCUUCUAUAUCAAAAGUUGCAACUAAUAAAUCAAUUUAUUCUCGUAAAGUUGCUCAAGAAAUGAUUGAUGAAGAAUUAAGAAAAUCUUUAACUCAUAUUGAACAAGAUCCAAUUGAAAUUAAUAAAUGGGCAAAUUUUAAACAUAAUGCUUAUGAAAUUCUUAUAAGACCAAUGCAUUCAGUAGUACUAUUAAAACAUCCACCAGUUGCCUUAGUAAUUGCUUAUUCAUCAUGUUGUUUUGCUGUAGUUUACUUUUUCAAUAUGACAAUUUCUUAUUCUUAUGCUCAUGAUCCAUAUAAUUUUAAGAGUAUAAUUAUUGGACUUCUUUAUAUUCCAAAUUCAAUUACUUAUAUUAUAGCAUCAAUUAUUGGAGGUAAAUGGAAUGAUCAUUUAUUAGCAAAAUAUGCUAAAUCUCAUAAUGGAGAAUUAGCUCCUGAAUCAAGAAUAAGUUGGAAUUUAGUUACUGCUAUUAUAUUAUAUCCUCCUGCAUGUUUAAUAUUUGGUUGGUCAUUAAAAUAUGGAGUAUUUUGGUUAGUUCCAUUAAUUGGUACUGCAAUAUUUGGAUUUGCAUCUAUGUUAGUAAUUGGAGCAACUGUAACUUAUUUAGUUGAUACUUUACCAGGUAAGGGUGCUACUGGAGUAGCAUUAAAUAAUUUAAUUCGUCAAAUUUUAGCAGCCACUGCGACAUUUAUUGUUGAACCAUUAUUAAGAGCUAUUGGUCCAGGAAUACUUUUUACAAUACUUAUGGGAAUUAUGUCAAUUGCUUCAAUAUCUUUAUUAAUAUUAAAGAGGAAAGGUCCAUAUUUUAGAGAGAAUUAUCAAUUAGGUACUUUAUAUGAUAAACUUUAAAUAAUAAUUAAUAUAUAUAUUAACUAAUAAUU